GAAACUUGCACCAUUUUAGUGUCGGCGUGUGUCACUGCGAGAACAUGAAGUUCUUCGUGUUAACUGGCGUGAUAUUGUUGAUUGGCAGGGGGUCGGUGAGGGCGGCCGAAGGGCCCCAAGGGUUCGCCAUCUUAGCGAAAGUCUUACGGCAGUACAUUAAUUCGCAACCGGACGACGUGAAAAUCGGUGACGGGGUGCAUAUUAUCAGUACGAGGAGUGAAAACGAUGCGAGGGCCUAUGGCGACGACACCACUCUGCUGGGAGCGGUCGAGAAUUAUCUGGAUAGUCACGAAGUGAGGAUACGAUUGCCCGAAUUGAUGCCCGGAGAGGGUUUCGGUAGGGCGUUCAAGACUGCCAUGGACGAAGUCGAGAGUAAGGAGGGUGAAAAUGAACCACGUGGCGGCGGAGGAGGAGGAGGCGGCGGAGGAAAAGGAGGCGGCGGCGGAGGCGGCGGAGGCGGCGUAAUGAUGAUGGGCCUAAUGAUGGGCAAACUGUUGGCCGCCCUCGGAAUCGGCGGCGUCGGUCUUUUAGCCAUGAAAGCUCUGAUGGUGUCAGCUCUGGCCCUCAUGCUGUCCAUCAUAAUCGGCCUGAAGAAGUUGGUGCAUCACGACGACGACGGAGGAGGUCAUCACGUAAUUCAUGCUGGCCAUGGCCACGAGUACCACCGAAGAAAACGGGAGGCUGCCGAGGUGGCUUAUGGCGGAUGGGAGAACUAUAAGACCCAAUAGGAUGCUAAGAAACCUGUUUAUUUAAUUAUUUAUUGUUAAUUUAUUUUAUUUAUUGACUUUACGACAAGACCCACGACGACCCAUGACUUCAUAUUCUUUCAGUGUCACAUAUCCGUUAUCAUUAUCAUAAAUCAUUUUCCUUUUUGUUGCUAUUGUUGCGUGUAAAAACCUACUAAUUAAUACGAGAAUAAAUACAGUAAAAAAGAA